AUGCGUCGUCGCCACCAUCGACAAUUUGGGCUCUCGAAUGCUAAUCAGAUCCUUCUCUGUAUUGCUGUGUGUACAUUAUUAUUCUUUGCGUUGCUGCGUCAUAAUUGGCUAAUUUUUGGAGAAGAUCCGGCCAUUUACGCGUCUCUGAAGCGUGUUUACAUCUUGAACAAUGAAGUGACCGACUCCAUUUCGUGGGAAACAUUUUGUGCUGACGAUUCUUUUAAUAUGAUAAUUCCUGGAACGAACGAGACCAUACCCGUUGUCAGCAUGCAGGAUGGAGCAGUAUUGUGUCAUAAACAUACAAAUGGAGAGCUAGUGCCAGGGUUGAUGGCAUGGGUGCUGGCGGUAGCACUUAGUUGUGCUCUAUUGAGUAUGCUACUAUCGGUUUAUCUGCAGCUGGGCAAUCCAACGAGGGAGAUGGUCUUUUGGAUAGGAAUGUUGCCGGGUAUUUUGCUGUUUGGUGCUGCGGUACUGGGGACGGCGUCGCUAUUCUUGUGGCAGCGAUAUUAUCUACGGUUCAACAAUGGCGACUGUUUUAGCAUCACGGUGGCUGCAACAGUGAUCGCUUAUGCGACGGCGAUCUCUAUGGUCAUUCGAUGGCGUUGGCCCGGUAUCUGCGCUGUGCCCAACGAGCAACAAGUUAUCGGCUCACGCUCGUACAGAGUCCAUUUGGCACGUUCUCGAGAUCGCAGACGAGAGUCUGCGGGAGCCGCCGCAACGAUAAACAGUGCACCUACUCGUGACCUGGAGUCUAUCGCUGUUCCACUGAACCGCUGA